AUGACUUGGGAAACAAUAAGAGAAUGGUGGAUCAACCCACACACGUAUGAGACCGCUGUCAAGAUUUAUGCAGCCUAUUCUCCUGUAGUGCUGCCUGUUCUAUUGUUUGUUGAUGCUCCCUACGGCAAAUUCACAAAUAAAUUCUUUCUCGAUCGACGCUUGCCGGGCAAAUGGGCGUGGGGUAUCAUGGAAAUCGUUUCACCGAUGGUCUAUCUUGCAUCGGUCUACUUGGUUCAUCCGCGUUGGACGGCCAGUCAAGUAUUGCCCACCAGCCUCUGGUUGAUCCAUUAUGUGAACCGAAGCAUUAUUCAUCCAUAUCGAGCAUCCUCGAUAGCUCCCAUUCACUGGUUGACCAUGGUAUCUGCACUAGCCUUCAAUGCGCUCAAUGGCUACACCAACGGUACUUCCGUCACGCUCCACGACCUUCAUUGGGGUUUGAAUACUUGGUGUGGCGUUGCCCUCUGGGCCUUGGGAUUUGGCCUCAAUGUUUACCAUGAUAACAUUCUGUUCAAGUUACGGGAAAAGAAAAAAGCUCAAGAUACCAAGCGGUACUUUAUACCACAUGGAGGUCUCUUCCGAUACGUGAGUUGUCCCAAUUAUUUUGCGGAAGCAUUGGAAUGGACAGGGUACGCCGUGACCUGCUGGCCAAGCACACCAGCCCUCACCUUUGCCAUUGCUACCAUGAGUACUUUGUUUCCUCGCGCAUGGCGUAUACACAAGUGGUAUAAAAAGGAAUUCCCCAACUACCCCAAGAAUCGAAAGGCUGUUGUGCCUUUCGUUCUCUGA